UCCAGAGUGGCUGAAAACAUGAAAAUGAAAUUGAACACAUAACCAUAACCUCAAUUUUGUGUUAAUGGUGUAGGGCUAUUGUUUAUUUCAAUGGCGCACCUUACGUAGAAAUUAUAUUAAUAUUGUUUGGUAAAUUUACAAAAUUAGCAAUAAUUUGACAUUAUGGAAGUUACAAGAACAAAUUUUCGUAAAGUGUUGCCAGAAAUAGAGGACACCAUCAACCGAUGUGUAUUCAUGGCGAUUGAUGGAGAAUUCACGGGACUCUCCUCUGGUCUGGAGAAAGCAGUUUCAGCAUUUGACACCCCUGCUGAAUAUUAUCACAAAAUCAAGAAUGGUUCCUUGGAUUUUCUUCUCGUUCAAUUCGGUCUUGUGGCUUUUAUGUAUAAUGAGGAGCAGAAAAAAUAUACACACAGAGCCUAUAACUUCUACCUGUUCCCAAAGCCUCUGUCAAGGCAGGCUCCUGACUGCCGAUUUCUGUGUCAAGCUUCCAGUCUUGACUUCUUGGCUUCCCAUGGUUUUAAUUUUAACAAACUCUUCAAUGAAGGGAUACCAUACCUAAACAAGAAGGAUGAAACGACUAUGAGGACAAAAUUGGAUGAGGCAAGAGAGAGACGGAAAUCUAUUGGAGAGAAGAACAAUUCAUUUGUGGAAUGCCCUGCAGAACAUGUUGACGCUGUCAAGAAAGCUGUUAAUUCGAUCACAGAAUUCCUCUCAACAACUCAUGGUCCAGUUGAACUUACACUGCCACCAACCAAUGGAUUCAUUAGAAAACUGAUCUACCAAGAGGUAUGGAAGCGCUACUCCAACGAUGACCUCAGAAUAGAGACCAAGAAUGGUAUCAUAGUGGUGAAGAGACCGGCUACAGUGGAAGAAAAGGCAGAAGAGGAAAAGAAGAAGUUGGAAGAUGAGGAAUCAGAGCUAGAUGAAGCUAUUGGAUUUUCCAACGUGAUAAGACUUAUAUCUCAUUCGAGAAAGUUGGUGGUGGGGCACAAUAUGCUGCUGGACUUGUGUCACGUCUUGCACAGGUUCUGUGAGCCCCUGCCAGACAGUUACCGAGAGUUUAAGGAGCUCCUGCAUACUGUUUUCCCAUAUAUUCUGGACACCAAAUUCAUGUGUUCCAUAGCCCCGCUCAACGAAGCAGUUCCAUCUAGUGUGUUGUCACACUUAUUGGCUACUGUGUCCCAACAACCCUUUCAACUGCUGGAAGUUGAGCCAGAAGGAGAACAUGCCUACACAACGCUGGAGGAAAAGGAACAUGAAGCCGGGUUUGAUGCUUACAUUACAGGCACCAUUGCCAUAGCUCUUUCCAACCACCUUGCAAAAAGCAAAAAAGUGAAAUCAGCCAUGAAACUACCUUCAGCCACAUCUCCACACCUUGGUUCUGUAAUCAAUAGGUUGUAUCUAAUGAAGGUGAUAGAUUGCUACAUUGACUUGGAGAAAGAUGACCCUGAACAAAACAGAGAUGCAGUCUUCCACGUGACAUUCCCAGAAGAGUGGAAACUGUCGGAUUUAACAAGCAUGUUUAGUCCUUACGGUGGCGUGUAUGUCUCAUGGAUUGACAGCCGGACAGCAUACUGUGGUUUACAUGACAAGGCGCAGGCAGUCAAUGUGAUGAAGCAGCUGGUACCGUCUGUGCCGGCCGGCGUCACCGUGGCCACCUACUACGCUGUCCACAACCUUGGCACUGCCUCACCAGUCAAACGGAGGAGUGGGGGGGAGGAGAAUGGAAACAGGCCGAAACGGAAGCAUAGUCUCAGCCAGGAGAGUUCACUUAAGAGGCCCAGUGUAGAUCCCAUUCCAGAAGAAUCUGAAGAUUCAGAAAAAGAUACACAGACAAAAGAACACCCUCGAAAGAAGAGGAAAGUAUCAAAAUCUCCUACUGACGACACAAGACAUAAAUUAUUUGAAGAGAACUUAGACUGGUAGUAUUGUUACUAGCUUAAUAAAGAAAAAUAUGUUUGUAA